UCGAAAAGGAAAAAACAAAACGAAACAAAAGAUUGAUUGAAUCCUCGAAAGAGAUUCAUCGGUUCUUUCCCAUUUCAUCCCGCCAUCGUCGUUUAGUUUUCAUCGAUUUCCCUCAACCUCAAACCCUAAACCUAACAAUUCAUUUCCUUCACCUCAAUUCUUCUUCUCACAAAGUUAUUGUAGAUCAUGGCUACUUUAAACGGGAAAGUUACAUAUUCUUCGCUUUCUAAUGUUGGGAAGGUGAAUAGAGUUCAUAAUGAUGAUGAAGAUUGUGAUUCUCCAUGGGCCAUGCCUAAUGGUAGUGUGCCCUUUCAGAACUCGAAGUUUUCUGCUGAAUCUGAAGAUUUUAUUGAGGAUGAGUAUGAUUCAAGUGAUGAGUUUGAUAUUCCUAAGCAAAAUAGUAAGCGUCCUGAGGUGAAUUUAAAGAAUGUUUUAAAUGGAAUGUUUGCUAUAUUGACUGGUGUGAAUAAACCUUCGGAUGUGUCGUCAGAUAAACAAAUUCCCAGUUCAAAUAUUUCGUUUCUUGGUUCUGAAAAGAAUGGCGAUACCUAUUUGCACUCCUCAGUGUACAUUCCUAGUGCCCCACCUCUUCUCGAGCCGAAUACGGUUAAUUAUACUGCUUAUAAAGAUGUUUUGGAGGCUGAGCCUCCAGAGUGGCUUCCAGAUAGUUCUUCUUCGAUUUGUAUGCAAUGUACUGCUCCUUUUACUGCAAUCACUCGUGGUAGGCAUCAUUGUCGAUUUUGUGGAGGGAUUUUCUGCCGAGCCUGUUCGAAAGGGAGAUGUUUGAUGCCCGUUAAAUUCAGAGAGAGAAAUCCACAGAGAGUAUGUGAUGCUUGCUAUGACAGGCUUGAUCCUUUACAGGGUGUACUUAUUAACAGCAUUAGCAAUGCUGUGCAAAGGGCGAAGCAUGAUGUGAUGGACUGGACCUGUUCAAGAGGGUGGUUGAAUCUCCCUAUUGGUCUGUCCAUGGAACAUGAGAUAUACAAAGCAUCCCAAACGCUAAGAGGAUACUUCCAGGUCUCUAGAUUGAAUCCUGAAAGGUCUAUACCUUUGUCUGUACUGAAGGGGGCCAAAGGUCUUGCCAUUUUGACAGUCGCUAAAGGCGGCGUGUUGGUUGCUUACAAAUUUGGCACUGGUUUGGUAAUUGCCCGAAGGUCGGAUGGUUCAUGGUCUGCUCCUUCAGCUUUAAUGUCUGUUGGAUUAGGAUGGGGUGCCCAGAUUGGUGGUGAGCUCAUGGAUUUCAUAAUCGUACUUCAUAAUUCAAAAGCUGUUAAGACAUUCUGUAGCCGAAUGCACUUUUCUCUUGGUGCUGGGUGUAGUGUCGCUGCUGGACCUGUUGGUAGAGUGUUGGAAGCAGAUCUUCGAGCAGGAGAUAGGGGUUCUGGCAUGUGCUAUACAUAUAGCUGUAGCAAAGGCGCAUUUGUGGGAGUUUCAUUGGAAGGAAACAUUGUAGCAACAAGGAUGAGCACAAAUCUAUGCUUUUAUGGCGAUCCAUAUCUAACCACCUCUGACAUUCUGUUGGGGACAGUUGAGAGACCAAGAGCUGCAGAGCCAUUGUACUCUGCUCUUGAUGACUUCUACUCCGUUCUGCAAUGACCAAACUCUCCUUGAUGUACAGCAGAUAUCUCCAUGGAAGCUCUGAUCCAAACCUUAUACUUUCAUAGAUUGUAAAUGAACAUACAUCCACAAGUAGAAGCAUUAUUAUUCUUUUCUACUCUCCACCUUACCCAAUAAGAAUUGUAAUGUUGUAUAAAAUUGGCUUGAUUUAUUCUCGUGUAAAUAUAUAUUUUAUUGCAACUGAGUUUGAUUGAAAUGGUUAAAAUCACUUGGUUUUGCAUCAUAAAGGAUUGUGUUCUCCGUGAAGGUGUCUAUCCUAAUACUCACUUGUUACAUUGAA